AUGGACGUGGAGACUUCCGCCUUAGCGUUUUUCGUGCGUACGCACAAGAACCUGAAGAUAUUGACGUUAGGGAAAGGUGCUGACCCAGGCAAGGAAGGUGGUGGGAAAUUAGUGCCUAGAGAGCUCGCAAAACUACCACAUAUACCGAAGUCCGCUAGCUGGUCACCUGAUUCGCAGUCUUUAGCUGUCGGCGACACGCAGAAGGGCGUCGUGGUCAUUGGCUUGCGACGUGGCAAACCCACGGUGCAAAUCCUGCAGGGCAGCAGCGUGAACACUCAGCACAUAUGGUGGUCACCUACGAGUCGGUAUCUGGUGACACAGCAUCCACCAGAAAAGGUGGAGAAAGGUGAAAAACAAAAGCCAAAUUUGUUGGUGUGGAGUGCGGCGGGUGGGGAAAGUAGUACAUCGAGUAGUGCAACCAAGGAUGCAUCAAAGGAUGCUAAUGCUACAGAAAGCAAGUCUAAGGGAGGACCAAAAUUGGUCGCCUCAUUCACGGUGCCGAAGGGAGACGGUAAUUUUUUUGACUUGAGUUUUUCACAUCGAUACAAGAAAUACUUCAAGAUAGAACCUCUAAACAAUGGAAUUCUCACUCUAUAAACAAUGGAAUUUUUAGCGAACGCGAACCGUACGUCGUUGACUGAUUGAGAUUGAUUUUCUUUCAAGCUCAACACGCUAUCCUGCACUAAAGAACCCAGGUUCCCGCGCAGUCUGCCCUCUUUUCUGGUCGCCUGAUGAGAGCGUCUGUGUUCGCGUUCUCCCAGGGGACAAAGGCUGCAAGGAAUCUGUCCUCCAUCUCCUACCUGGUGACGACUUGAAUGCUACCCCUUUGUUCGAAAUCCGGGAGUCCAGAACAAACCUAGUCGCCGCGUGGUGUCCUCGAACCAAAGGUGACAACCGAGGUAGUGCUAUAAAAAAGAGCAUAUCUUCUUCUGCCUCCUCUUCCGCUGGUAGUAGUAGCGGAAUGCAACUAGCUUUGUUCGUCAGUGAUGGCCGCAACGACAUGCAGCGUGUCUCAGAGCCAGCAGAAGUGCGGAUCUACAAUUGCAACGGACGCAAGCUGGAACUCGUGAAGCGAAUAGAGUGCCCGAGUGGCGAGUCUGCGGCGUUGCAGUGGUGCGCGUCUGGUGACGCUUUAUUAGCUUUAGUCGAGACGGAAGUAGACGAAACUGGCGUCUCCUACUACGGUUCGACACAACUAGUCCUUCUUCCCGCAGAUCCGAAUUUGCCGACUGGUGCCAGUAGCUAUCAAGAGUUGAGCAAAGAGUCCUCGGUGUUGGAUAAAGGAGCAGCCGCCAAGGCCACCUCUGAUGCAGGACAUAUGCCUAUUCAGGCUGUGCAGUGGAGUCCGGUUGAGGACGUGUUCGUGCUGAUUCGCGGUUUUCAGCCGGCACAAGUGAGCGUGUGGAAAUACGAUCGCUUAUCACAUCGUGCAGAAAUGCUAUCGAUUUUGGCUGAUAAAUCGCAUCGAAACACGGUGCUGUGGAACAAAUUCGGGUCGGUCUGUCUCAUUUUAUGGCCCCUGACAACUCAGCAAUUUUUUCUUGAACUCGAUGUCGACGAUGAAAACGAAAAGUCUGUAGAAGUGUCGUAGUAGGAUAAAUCAACAGAAUAGAAGAAUGAAAUUCAAAAGCAGCAUUUCCAUUUACUUAGGCUUGUCAUUGGCAAGCUCAGGACUUUCUCUAAUCCAUGGCGGUUUCGGCAACUUGGCAGGCGAGAUGGAUUUCUAUGGUAAAAGCGAUGAGGACAAGCUCACAAAAAUGGCGACAAGUCAGGCCAGUUGUACCGUCAAUGUCGAAUGGUCAGCGGAUGGUAUUCAUGCAAUUACUGCUGUUCUCUCUCCAAGAAUGCGCGUCGAGAACGGCUUCACCAUCUGGCACUGUCUCACUGGCAAGGCAAGGCAUACAGAGCCUUUUGAGGAGCUCUACGAGGUGGGAUUGCGUCCGCAUGACGGUGUAGGAAGCCAUUUCGAGGGCCCAACAAGAUUGGAGAUCAAGAACGCAGUUGCUGCAUGCGCAAAAGCCAGCUCUGAAGGUGGCAAUAAGCGAGCGGCUUAUCGUCCUCCGCACGCGCGUGGACCCGGCAGUAAUGCUGCCAGCAGCGAAGUGAACAACAUCAAGGCCUUUAUGUUGGGGGAAAAGAGCCUUGGGGAUAGUCCAAACAAGCAGAGCAAGACACCACGAGGAGGGGGAUUGCGGCAAGGUGGCGCAGAACAUAAGCCUCAGCACCUCGUCAACCUCGAGAAGCAGGAACAAAGCGCGAACAACAGUUCUGGCGAUGGGGACGAAUCGAAGGAUGAUGGUGCGGCACCAGGCGCGCCAGGCGGCACGAAGAAGGAACAAAAAGACCCAUCACGCACCGACAAAGCCUGGCUUCGCGGACAGGCUUUGCCCGCUAAAAAAAGUCAAGAGCCAACACGUGCAAGUGCGGGAGGUGUAUCUUCAGAGACUGGAGCUGGACCUGGAAGUACGACCACGGGAGCCGGAGCCGCCACUUCAGGAGGAGCCGGAAGUACAACCACGGGCACCACAAACAGUGCCGCGGGUACCACAAACAGUAGCUCUGCUGGAUCCACUGGAUCAUCUGGAUCCACUGGAGCUCCUGAAGCUAAAAAGACUGCUAGUUCGGCUCCGCCGAAUGGAACAACUGAGCCGUUAAAAACUUCCGGAACAUCUAGCACUUCCGGAACAGGUCGCGCAGCUGCACAACAAUCUUCUAGUGGUGCUGCAACAGGUAAUUCCGCAUCUCAGCAAGAGUCUUCAAGUGGUCAACAGAGGACUACUGCUCAACAGAAAUCCACUCAACGGAGUCCAUCAAGAAGUGCCAAAACAGGUGCGCAACCACCGGCCACACCCCCACCUCCGGCCGCGGGGGCAGCGUCGUCCAGUGGUGAUGAUGCUCCUGGCGGUUCUCCUUUUCGUCCUCCAGGCCGAGCGGUGCCACCUGCCGCUUCUAAUGCACCACCUCCUGCCGCUUCUAAAUCUCAUGGAGGUGGAAAAGACUCUGGUCCUCCUCCUAACCAAAACCAUACUUCUUCUUCUAAGACUAAUGGCGGUGGACUUCCUAACGGUGCAACGGUAGAUCCUGCAGCACUGUUAAACGGAGGUUACCCGGUUCCGGGAAAAGGGCAGAUGCCUGCAGUCGGAAAGGGUGCGGGUGGCUACUACUUCCCCGCUUACCCGCCACCAGGACCCGGCGAUGCUCGCGGCUAUCCCGGAGGACCGCCUCAAUAUCCGCCUGCAUAUCCGCCAACUGCUUAUGGAGCGCAUAUGAACGGCAAGGGGAUGAAACCAGGACCGCCACCCCCUUUGCAACCACCGACCAUGCAUCCGAAUGCCGCUUAUGGCGCCGUAAUGCCGCCACCGGCUGCGCACCAACAACAUCUGCUUCGAGCAGGAGCAAAUGCGAUGCCACCGAGUGCGCCACAGCAUCUACUGGGUGUGCCGGCGCCGCCUUCCGGACCCUGUCCGCCGAACGGAUGGCAAUACAUCGACCCACGUGGAAAUGUUCAGUUAAGGACGAAUCUAUAAGAUUAAGUUAUUUUCAACGAAUACCCAUCGUCAUCUUCAGAACAAAACACAUCUCUAAUUCAAGGCCCAUUCGAUGCGGACGAAAUGAAACAAUGGAAUGCGUUGGGUUACUUCAAACCGGAAUUGAAGAUGCGCUUUUCCGAAACUAUGGACUUCUUCCCGUUUGAAGCUCUCUUUCCAGUACCCAGUGUACCCUUUGUGUCCUAUCCGCAAUUGCCGGGACGAACGCUGAAGUAUCUAUAGGGUACAGACCACCCUGGAAACAGAAGAUGAACAAAAUCAGAAGCAAAUUUAGCUAAUGACUCACGAUAGAUCUUAAUCAACUCAGAAGAGAUUUUGUCAUCUUCCUGUUUCUCGAACUCUGGGUCCUCGAACACUAACAAUUUCUUUCCUGAGGACUUUGUUUCAUCCUACGCCGUAUUGCGUUUGAUGUAGGGAGUCGGAAAGUCGUAUCUUAAAGUUGAAACAUGACUAACUAAAAUGAUCUCAAGCUAUUUGUCCUUCUAAGAAUCAAUGCAGCAAGAUAAAUGUUACUCAACAGUAUUUAGUUCGUUUGGUAGUUCAUUUGUAGUCGCUGUUUACAAUUGUCAGAAUUUCUUUGAGUUAUGAUAUUAGAGCAACCAAAUUUAACAGAAUUAUUCAAGAUGUAUGGGAAAGUAGUCGGUAAAAGUCAUGAGCAAUUUCGAAGCAAUAAUAGGCAUAGUUUUUAUCGAGAAGUGUGGGUCAAAAAAUGGAAAUACGAAUUUAUUGUAGUGUGAUACAUUCCUUUCCUAGUUUUGUAGUUUUCGUGUCCUCCCUGGUCGUUGAGCUUUCAGUUUAUGAUAAAUUUUUUCUUCGACAAUUGCGAGUACCUGAAAGAAUACCUAUCAAUUUCGAUCUCCACCACCACCCCCAAUAAUAUCUUCCCUCCUGAUUUACAGUGAAUCGCUCCUUAUUUUUUGAGCUGUUAUGUUAUUGGACUCAAAAACGAUAAGCAGGUUCACGAUCAUGAUGGCCUAGAAACGAGUACAAUAAGAACAAUAUUGUCCGCCGUCAAGGAACCAACAUUGUACCUUUGUGCUCACUAAGAAUAAUCAUUUAAUGAUAACCAUUUGCAUUGAAUAAAAUUGUAGCUUGCGUUAGGUGUUGAACGACAACUACAACAAAAAUUUCUAUUUUUGCGUCCCUCCUGUUACAUUCGAAAAAGCAAGCGAUCAAUUCAAGAUUUAUUCGUCUCGUUUAAGCAACCAUUUAGAUUUAUUCGUCUCGUUUUGUCGGAUCUGAUAUUCACUAACAAACAAAUCUUCGUGCUAGGUAGAGAGCUGAUCAUUGUGGUAUAGUGCCACAACUUACGAAUACGAGUGGUUAAGGUUAAUGUCUGAUAUUUUUCGCUGUUUUCAAUCGGGAUGUAGAUUUUUCGACGAGGACAUGCUUUUUCAGCAUGGAGGGAUUUCUCGUCUGCAUCAUUUGACAUGAAAGGUGUAUCUAACAUUUUUUACUACGAAAACAGGCUCAAAAAACUUGAGGAGGAAGAUCUUCAUCUUGAGUUGUCUAGUCGUCCGACUAGAUUACAUGUAGUUUUCUGGAGUUGUUGUUUUCUGGUGACUAAUCAUGAUAAAUGCGGUAUCUAUUUAUCGAUGUUAGUUUCUUCUUCUGAUUGUGAUUUGAAGUCAUGAUAUUCACGUUCGUGAUGAAACACUUAUAGAAGUCGUCGUGCUAAUAUAACUCCUAAGUAAAUGAUCUGCUCUUCUAAGUACAACUACAUAUUUCAUCUAUCUUCAUUUGAAUUUAGAGGGAAGGGAGCCAUGAUUUUUGGGUACUUACUAAUAUUUCAUCUAGUAUUGCUGACUGAUACUACCACGUUGUUGCAGCGGCUGAAGCGACAAGCUACAACUAGUCAUCAAAGAUGAUGUUGCCCAACGCCAUCUCUGUCCUAAAACUAACUCAACUCAAGGUCAUCCCAAGACUGAAGAUACACUUUUUCGCCCUCUCCCAUGAACGAAAAAGAUAUUUUUCACAGCCAUUUAUUUUUAUUGAUGUCACAAAAAUACGCGGCUUGGUGUCACCAGUCUUGUUGUGGG